AUGGCGAUGAUGAUGCCACCGCAGCAGCAAGGCGGCUAUCACCAUCCACAGACGCUAGAGGAAGUACGAACCCUCUGGAUUGGAGAUUUGCAGUACUGGGUCGACGAGAAUUACCUCUCUUCCUGCUUCUCCCAAACCGGCGAGCUCGUUUCUGUGAAGGUGAUACGUAACAAGAUCACUGGCCAGCCAGAAGGGUACGGUUUCAUUGAGUUUGUAUCUCACGCAGCAGCAGAGAGAACGCUUCAGACGUAUAAUGGGACACUGAUGCCUGGAACGGAAGUAGCUUUCCGUUUAAAUUGGGCUUCCUUUGGUUCAGGCCAGAAAGUAGAUGCUGGACCUGAUCAUUCUAUCUUUGUUGGAGACUUAGCCCCAGAUGUUACUGAUUAUCUCCUUCAUGAGACAUUCCGUGUUCACUAUUCUUCUGUUAGAGGUGCCAAGGUUGUUACUGAUCCAAGUACUGGACGGUCAAAAGGUUACGGGUUUGUCAAAUUCGCAGACGAAAAUGAAAGGAACAAGGCUAUGUCGGAAAUGAAUGGUUUGUAUUGCUCAACAAGGCCUAUGCGUAUCAGCGUAGCAACGCCUAGAAAAACUGUUGGUGUGCAGCAACAAUAUGUCGCUAAAGCUGCUUACCCGGUUCCAGUACCAGUCCCAUCUGCUGUUGCUGCUCCAGCGUACGUUGCUCAACCAGUACAGGUGCUUGCACCUGAAAAUGACAUCACCUGUACGACGGUUUUGAUUUCGACUUUGGACCCAAAUGUUACAGAGGAAGAGCUGAAGAAAGCAUUCUCACCGUUAGGGGAGAUUAUUUAUGUUAACAUACCUGCAACAAAGGGUUACGGUUAUGUUCAAUUCAAAACAAGGCCUUCUGCUGAAGAAGCCAUUCAAAAUAUGCAGGGACAUGUGAUUGGUCAACAAGCAGUUCGCAUCUCCUGGAGUAAAAAUCCAGGACAGGAUGGUUACGUUACACAAGCAGAUCCAAGUCAAUGGAAUGGGUAUUAUGGUUACGGACAAGGCUAUGACGCAUAUGCUUAUGGGGCAGCUCAAGACCCAUCCGUGUAUGCAUAUGGUGGAUACGGCUAUCAACAGUAUCCGCAGCAGGGAGAGGCUACACAAGAAGUUACAAACUCUGCGGCUGUUGGAGUUACAGGAGCAGAACAAGAGCUGUAUGAUCCUAUGGCCACUCCUGAUGUAGAAAAGUUAAAUGCAGUUUCCCUUUCGGUUCAUGCAAAUGCAAUAUUAGGACGGCUAUUGUGGCAGCGUACCUCAGCACUCUCAUCACGAUUGGGUAAAUGA